AUGGCAAGUCCCAGUGCUGACUUCUCGGCAGCGAGUGGCUUGGAAGAUGAGGGGUCAGUCGAUAGCCAAGGCAUCUCAACACCUGUAGACACAGCGGAUUCAACACCGGACUCUACACGAUCCCGUAGAUCGUCCCGGAGGAAACAGUGUAAUUUUAGCAGCGAUUUUGAGUAUUACUCUCCUGGUGCCAGGAAGAAGGCUGCAGAGGAUGAGCUGAAAGGUAGGCCAAUCGGACAAGGGCGGAAGAAGGGAAGGCAGGCAGAUGUUGAAGAACCAAUAGGGAAUGAGGAAGAACUUAAUCAAGGCGAAAAGAAGAGACAAAUGACACGAAAAGUAGCUGUGAAAAUGCAGAAGAAGAAGGGGUAUGAAAAAGAAGAACUGGAUAACACUGAAGAGGAUAGCAGUCUUCAGAUAGAAGAGGGAAAACUCAAAGAAGCUGCCAAAAAACCUGGUGUGAGGGGAAAGAAGGUCGGUCGUAAGAAAAAGCUUAAUACACAAGUGGAAUUGAGUGCCAAAGAUGUAGGGAGUGAAACAGGAGAAGAAGAAAGUAAACAGAAUAAAGGGCAGAAAAGAAAGAAAAAGGGAGAAGCAUCAAAAGUUACAGGGAAAAAAGCAAAAACUGGAAUAGAAAGUUGGCAGGAAGAUGAACAUUCAGAAGAUGAAGCUGGACAAGCACCACCAUACAAGACCAGCAGCCAGAGGAAGAUGCCAAAAUUGAAAAAGCAAAUGGCUGCCUCAUCUUCUCUAGCUCAAAAUCUAAUGAUGAAGUCUGCUGAAGUCAGUUCGGAUUCUGGGAGUGUCUCAGAUUUGUCUCCUGUGCUGGCCCCAAAGAGAAAACUUGGUGCCACUAGUGGAGAAAAUGAUGUUCCCAAUAAACAAGCAUUAGCAGCAGCAGGUUUGAUCAGACGAAUCCCACCAUCUGAUCACGGGAUGGCAAAACCCACACCAGGAGCCGUGGCCACCAAGUCCAGCAGCACACUGGACAAGAAAAUGCUUGACAGUAAAAUAUCAGCUCUGGCUUCUAGUUCCAAAGCAGAAGUCAAGACAGAAGAGGCUUUCUUGGAUAACACAUUUGCCUUAGGGAAUGAUACAACAUCAGAAGCGACAACUGAAAAGGCUUCUUCUAAGGAAGAUUCAGGUGUCAAAGCUAUAGAGACAAUAAAAAGUAGUGGGAAAAUUGUUAAAUUUGAAACAAAAAAGGAGCGAAAUGGCAAAAAUGCAACAAAAGUACAGGUUAUUAAAAAGCCUGAUGGAACAGUAAUUAAGAAAAAGAUCCUUUCUCAGGUAGAACAUUUAACUGAAUCAGAAGGCAAGCAAAAAAAGGUUAAAGUUCUGAAAGGGGACAGUGAGGAGAAAUUGAUAGGGACAAAGAAAUUUGGGACUCAGGAUGGAAAAUCAAAAUCUGUAGGAGGGAAUAUUUUGAAAAAGAAACGCAUUGAAAAGUUAGUCGGUGGCAAAAAAAAUUCUAAAGGAGGAGAUAGUGGGAUUACAAAGAGUGGUUCAGAAGGUGGUAGCAGACUUGAAGCUAAUAGCCAAAAAGUUGAUGAUUUGUUAAGACGAGGAAUCUUCCACAAAAAGAAGAGUCACCAACCAUUUGGAAACAGAAAGGCAACUAAAAUUGUUCCGAAAGAUGUCAAGAUAGAGUCAGUUAGUGAUGUCUCGGAAAAACAAGAUCAGGCCAGAAAGAAACCAGUAGUUCCUAAAGUAGAAGAGAAAGCAGAAACAAAGAAACCUGCUGGAGCUGAGAGAAAGAAAUCUAGCGAUGGGUCCAAACCUGAAAAGGGUCAGUCUAAGAAAGGAGAACACAGGAAGUCAAUUGAGAAUACCAAAAAAUCUGAGGAAAGCAAAGAUGAUGCCAGUCCUCCAGUGUUGAUCCCAGUUACAGCUGUGGGUAAAUCCAAGCAUAAGCAUCACAAAGUGGAGCAUGAGGUCCCUCUUGACCCAACAAUGAUGGAUCUCUUCAAACCUGAUGGUCUCGUCAUCCAUGACCAUCAGAAAAAAGAUAUCGGGACCCAGGGUGGCACACUGACACCAGGUGCUAGGAAGUCUCAGUAUUCAAUGGAUAACCUCCACCAUGUCCUCAUUGAGCACCAGUAUUCAAAGUCUUCUCCUGUGAUUUUGAAGCAGGAUAGCCAGAGUAGCCCUGGUGCCACCACCAGCCUGGGCAGAGAUGAUGACAUUGAAAGUGUCUCUCACAAACAGACGGUCAUUAUGGACAUGAACCUCCCAGACCAGAUUCUGGAGGAGUCUGAAGAACUGGGUGUAGAAGCCAGCAUCAUUGAUCCUCAUGUGGCCUCCACAUCUGUUGCUAAGGGGGACCUUUCACCUGCUAUUACUACAAAGGACAUCGGAGACAGGCCAUCGAUUCUUGAAAGUUUAAAUACUGAGCUGAAAGCAGGGGGUUCAGAAUUCCGUAUUGUCGGUCAGGUAGAAGUGGGUAGAGUUCCAGCCAUGGCCAGGGAGGAAAGCAUCUCCACCACACAGACAACUGAAAAUGUAAAACAAGCUGACAGCUUGACAGACAAACAAAAUGACAGUAAAAAGAGUGGUGAGGGUAGGAAACUGAGCUCAGAUCACAGAAAAUCAAGUACAGAGAAGAGGAAAGACAGCACUGAUAAAAAAGACAGCGCUGAAAAGAAAGACAACAAGAAGAAGGCCAGGGAAGGCAAUGAAGAUGGUGAUGCUGACAGCGAAGAACACCACUUUGAAGAUGACCAGAAUGAUGUGGACUGGGAACCUAAUGAUCCAAACACCUUGUACUGUGUUUGUCGGAUGCCCCAUAAUAACAGAUUUAUGAUCUGCUGUGACAAAUGUGAGGACUGGUUUCACGGAACUUGUGUUGGUGUCACAAAAGCCAGAGGAAAGGAGAUGGAGGAGAAGGAGGAGGAGUACAUCUGCCCACUCUGUGCCAUCUUCUGGACUGAAGUCUCUUUCACAGUUUAUAUGGAAACAGACACAAUGAAAAACUUGCUGUUGUGUCUACAGACUUCAAACAAAACAAAACUGCUGCAGAGAUGUAUCGGACAAAAAUGCAGCAAGUCUCCAAGACCUGGCUCUGUGUACUGUAGCAACGAAUGUAUCAUGAGUCAUGCCCAGGAGUCACUGAAGGCUUUACGGGAAGAGCAACUGCGUAAAAAGUCCUUUCUUUUGUUACAGACCACAGAGAAGAAUUCAUCAAACGAGAGCAGUAAGAGUGCAUCACCUUCUGUUGCCUCAUCCUUGGACACAAUAGAGGUGAUUGAAAGGCAGACAGGAAAAGUACUGAAGGGAACCGAUGCUCCCACACAGAAGGGCUUACAUCGCUGGCUGGAGCAGCACCCAACUUUUGAGGUUGUUCUGCCUCACAAGAGACACAGAAGCAGAGGUUCUUCUAAAGAUGACAAAUCAGGAGAUAGAGAAGUCAGGCCUCACAGUGAACCGAAACCAGUGGACAAAGAACAUAGAACAUCGACUAGCAGAGAUAAAAAAGCUGACCACAGUGGACGGUCCAGACACAGCAGCAGCAGCAGUAAGGAUUCAGGAAAGAAAAGUGACAGCGAGAGACAUGCCUCAGCUUCCCAGAAGUCUGAUACCUCCUCCAGCACUUCCAGAAGUGAGGAGAAGAAAGAUGAUGGACCUAAUCAGAUCAGGAUUAAUGUCCGAACUGCUCUCAGAGAUUGCCUGUCUGCUCGAGCUCAGGAGGCAGAGGAUAUCAUGUUGUCUAGUGCUGAAAUCAAGAACCUUGCUGUGACGAUCGAGGAAGAGCUUUUUGACCUUUUCAAUGACACUGGGCAUAAGUACCGCACCAAGUACCGCAGUCUGGUCUUCAACAUCAAGGAUCCGAAAAACAAGGGUUUGUUUCGUAAAAUCCUCACCGGAAAAAUCAAACCCCACCAACUGGUACAGAUGAGUACAGAAGAGCUGGCCUCCAAGGAACUGGCCAAGUGGAGAGAGCAAGCCACCAAACAUGAGCUGGAGAUGAUUGAGAAAACAGAACAAGAGGCCAUGAAGGAGAGUGAGACAAUGAAACAUGUGAUCAAGAAAACCCACAAGGGAGAAGUGGAGGUGGAGGAUGAGGACUUGAGCAUUCUGGAGACUCGUUUAGAGGAGAGGAAAGAAACGGAGCCUGAACUACAGGAGGAGCUGACCCAUGCUGCAGCGGUCACAGACACCACUGACCAACACAGGGCUCACCUGUUUGACCUCAAUUGUAAGGUGUGCACAGGGAAGAUUGUCCUUGGUCCUGAGGAGCAGGCGGUCAUGGCAGCGGCGGAGAAGGUGACAGUAGUUGCUCCAGCAAAGUCCCAGGUUGAACCGGAACCAGAAAGUUCUGAAGCAGAUAAAAUAGAUUAUGAGAAAGCCGAGGAAAUUGUUAAAGAAGCUUUAGAAACUGUACAGAAAAUGGAACAGUCUGUGAUGUCCAUGUCCAAGAUUGUGUCCGUGUCCCCAAAACUUGAGGAGACUCCACCACUGAGCCCCCCCAAGUUGAAAAUCUCUCGUCGGGAAUCAUCAUCUUCAGCAUCAUCUACUGCAUCAUCUUCUACAAGGAAGAGGGUUGUUGUUAGAUCCCCAGACUCAGCCCUGCAGGCUGGCCUGGAAACCAAGAACAAGUUUACUCCGACUGGCCCCAUGCUGUGGAAGGGUUUUGUCUCCAUGCUUGAUGUGGCCAAGUUUUUUACUUCGGCUUAUCUUGUGUCCGGUCCCACUGAUCAAGUGGUAAUCCCAGACACCAUCCAUAUUUUAGGAAGAAUCUCUCCAGAACACAUGUGGGACUACCUGUCCAGGAUCCGCCAGGGAGGGUCAAAGGAUAUGACAGUAAUCAGGUUUGUCCCAGGCAGCGACGAUGAGAAGGUUGCGUACGUUCACCUCUACUCCUACCUCAACAGUCGAGGUCGAUGUGGCGUGGCAGGAAACCUAGAAAAGCAUGUUAAGGAUUUCUACGUGGUCCCCUUGGCUUCCCACAGUAAAAUUCCCCGUACACUUCUACCAUUUGAUGGACCAGGUUUGGAGGAGAAUCGACCACACAUGUUGCUAGGGAUUCUUGUUCGUCAGCGAGGCAAGCAUGGUGGGGAGACCAGUGACACCAGCAGUCUUAGCAGUAAAAAACGUGCUGGUCAGAGCAGUGCAAAAACUGCCACCAAACCAGUGGCUCCACCAGUCAACCGGGACCCACGCUUGGCCAGGCAUGCUGCGAAGGAAGGGCAGCCAAAGGUCAGCCCUGUGGAAAGUCCGAGCAGCAGUGGAUCAAGUGCUGGAGAAGCCAGACCAAGGUCUUUUGAGAGCAACGAGCCUGAAUACUUCCCAUCACCAAUCAUAUCCCAGACCAAGGUAAAAGCAGACUUUGUGCCGACAUCCACACUCACGAGCAGGGAUGCAGAAGAUGGCAGGUCUGAUGACAAGGUGGUGACACCGCUUGCCGAUGAGUCCUUAGACAGUGACCUUCAGGAUGAGAAGGAGAGCCACCAUCACAAGGACCACCACCGCCAUCAUCAUCACAAAGAACAUCAUCACCACCACCACCACCAUCAUCACCACCACCAUCACAAGAAGCCAGAGAAGGAUAAGGAGCUGGAAG